AUGUGUAGAUCCGCAUCUCCAGAAUGCUUUGAUAAAGGGCUCGCGACCACACCAGGGAGUGUCCUCAGAUGGAAGAUGAGUGCCAAAGCCAAGAAGAAACACAGGGGCUUUGGGCCGACUGCACCCCCGUUCCUGGACUAUCUCAAAGACAUCCUGCGGCGAUACCCUGACGGCGGACAGAUCCUUAAGGAACUGAUUCAAAAUGCUGAUGAUGCCAACGCCACUGAAGUCAGAUUUAUCCACGAUGACAGAAGCUACGGGACACAGAGCCUCUGCAACCAAUACUUGGCAAAAUACCAAGGUGCCAAAUAG